AUGACGAUUCAAACGCAUAUAGCAACCACUUCUUCGAUCGCCUUGCGCGCGCUCUCAUACGUCUUUCUGAGAUGGUUUCCGGGCCCAGCUGCAGUACCCUUGAGUAUAUUUGCACUUUUUGCUGUCUUUGUACCUUCCUUCGUCUCCGGAUACAUCAAUGAACCGAAAUACGACGUUGUCGAUGACGACAUUGACGUCACUGUCAAGGAGACGAUUGCGGGAGGCGACGACGGAGAUGGAUUCAUCAACGGCCACGUCGUCGCUGAAGAGAUUCGGAUCGAAGAAACCAUUACUGUGAAAGGGAAGUCCAGCCCGUGGAAAACCCUACUUGCUGGCACGCCCAGCUCGACCAGUCCUAUCCUCUCGGCCCUCACCUUGCUGAUCAAUGUCGUCUUGGUUGCAAUGGCCGCCGACUUUCUCCUCCGCGUUCGCCACUACCAUCCUGUCGACGACUUGUCCUUUGUGCGCCUAGGAUAUGUCUCAUCCAGUGAGGCCAAGUUCGUCUUGCGCGAGCCUGAUCAAACUAAGAUGCCUGUCUCCAUUGAUAUUCGCAUCAAAGAUCCGCAGCCGCCAUUUGACAAUCCCCUCUGGCAGCUUGCUGGAGGAACCAGGUACACGGACAACACGACCGACUUCACCACAACGAUCGCAAUCCCUCUGAAGCAUUCACAGCAGAGGAUCUACGAAUGGCGCACUUCAAACAAUCACAGUGGCGAGUUCAUCGCGCCUCCAAGGGCAGGUCAGAUGUCGGUCUUUGCGGAUAACAAGUUUACCUUCCUUUCGACGUCGUGUAUCCUCCCGCGGUUCCCUUACAACCCGUUCGAACAUCCCCUUGCCAUCCCAGGCAUGCGACACCUAGCUAGUGUGCUGCCGAAGCUUCAGGCACAGUUCAUGUUGUUCUUGGGCGAUUUCAUCUACAUUGAUGUGCCCAAGCGCCAGGGCAAGCACGAGGAGGACUAUCGUCAAAAGUAUCGCCACGUCUACGCCUCUCCGGACUGGGCUCCCGUUGGGCAGAACCUUAGCUGGAUCCACGUGCUUGACGAUCACGAGAUUGCCAACGACUGGUCUUCCAACACAACGGGCGUCUACCGAGCUGCUAUCGAGCCGUGGCGUCAUUACCAGGAGCAUGCGAAUCCCCCUCCCGCGCGCAUUGCGGGAACCAGUAACCUCCGAAGAGACGGUGCGACUUACUUUGAGUUUGUUCAAGGACCCGCAAGCUUCUUCAUGCUAGACACCCGCUCAUACCGAUCCGAUAACGACCUUCCUUUCGAUAGCCCAGAGAAGACCAUGCUAGGCGCUCAGCAACUUGAGGACUUCCUUGACUGGCUCAACAGACCCGAGCCAAAGGGUGUCAAGUGGAAGAUUGUGGCGUCGUCUAUUCCAUUGACCAAAAACUGGCCCAUCAACCGCAAAGACACUUGGGGCGGAUUCUUGGUUGAGAGACGAAAGGUCCUCGAGGCUAUGUGGGAUGCUGGUGCGAGAGGCAUCGGUGUUGUUGUUGUUUCGGGUGACCGCCACGAGUUCGCGGCUACUAAGUUUCCUCCGCCUGCAGACGGGAGAUGGCCUCAAACUGCUGCCGCCUAUGAGUUUUCUUGCAGCCCUCUUAACCAGUUCGCCUCGCCUCUGCCUAGCUAUAGGCAGAGCGACGACGAGGACGUUGCUCUGAAGUACAUCCAUUCUGGCAAUUCCAAGUUUGGCUCUCUCACCAUUGAAAAUUUGGCUGAGGGAGAACAGAGCAGUCUCAAAUACAAUCUCUACGUCGAUGGCGAGGUUACUUGGAACACCAUAAUUUUGUCGCCGCCCCCGGUCAGCGGUGAGAAAACCUCGGCUUCAUUUUGGGACAAGUUGAAGGGAAAUUAG